AUGUUCCGCCCGGCGACGCCGCUUUCUGUCCUCCUUCUCGCCGCCUUUGUGCUCCUGCUUCUCUCUACCAUUUCAACACCGAUCAUUAAGGCGAUUCCGCUGGCUACAUACAAUGGUGUAGAUUUUGGCGUGUUUGGAUAUUGUAAGGGCGAUCAAUGCAGCAGCAUCGGGGUGGGCUAUAACACUGAUGGAUUGUUUUCAAAUACGGAAAAUGACUUUUCCUUGCCGUCGACAAGCCGGCGCUCGCUCUCAUCCAUUUUGAUUGUCCACCCCAUAGCGGCCUUCCUCACCCUGAUAUUGCUCAUUCUCUCGCUGACCGCCCACUUCCAUUCUCCUUCUCAUUCGCCGCGCUACCUUCUCUUCCUACUGAUCCUUACGCUGCCUACUUUACUCGUUUCUCUACUUGCAUUCCUCGUCGAUAUACUACUUUUUGUUCCCCAUAUGCGAUGGGGAGGAUGGAUCGUUCUCGCAGCCACCAUUCUGAUCGUCGCCAGUGGCAUUGUCAGUUGCGCUAUGCGCCGGACUCUCGUUAGUCGCAGGGCAAAGCGAAAGCGGGUUGCCGAAAAUGCCGAGAUGAACGGACAGAAUUACUACAGCAACAUGCAAACCAGUCUAGCCCGCGCUGACUCUCCCCCGCCGCUCAGUGGUCAAUCGACUGCGCCUUUGUCAGGAACGUCGAGCAACCCAGACAAGCUACCUCAGUUUGCCACUUUUGAUGUGGAGCCCAAGGACCGUGCUAGCACUGAAGAUCAGAGACCGUUGAAUCCGACCGUUCAAUCGCCGCCUGACAACGUUGGUAUUGCAAUUUCCCCUGAUGGUCCCGUUCACGCUGGACCAAUGCCGCCGCCGGCGGGUAUGCGCCGGGGUCCAUCUGACCCAUCCUUGCGUGCCCAAACCGUAAGCCCUUCGAUUUAUUCGAACAGCUCUGGGGGCCCACCAUCCGGUGCAGGCCGAGGCCGUGGCAUGUAUCCUCCACGUGGUGACUACGGAAGGUCGCCGCCUCCUGGAGCUUUCCGUGGACCUCCGCCAGGCUACAAUGGCCCGCCGCGAGGAAGGGGCUCUCCAGGGCCUGGGCCUGGGCCUGGGCCUGGACCUUAUCAAGGUCCUUCCCCUAGCCCAUAUGGACCUCCUCGAGGCAGAGGCAGCCCGGGUGCUUAUCCAGGCCCGUAUCCCGGCCCAUAUGGACCUCCACGUGGAAGAGGUAGUCCUGGUCCUGGGCAAUUCCCUCGUAUGCCAUCGAACGGCUCGGUAGGUCCCCGAGGAAGAGGAUCUCCUGGACCGAAUGGACCUUAUCCACCUUCGGGUCCAUACGGACCUCCGCCAGGACCGAAUGGCUCCUUCCGUCAAGGUCCGCCUCCAAUGCUAUAUGGCGGCAUCCCAGGUCCAAGGGCGUCGCCUGGCCCAGUCAUGGGCCCUUCCGACCAAAAACUGGCCCUUAGACGAUCACCUCCUCCAGGAUUAUCUCCUGUUGGACCUGGCGAAGGUCCUGUCGGGCAGGCAAUAGAAAUGGAUGCCGCUACUUCUAAUCCAUCCUUUGCGGGCCCUGGACAUCAAAUUGUGGGCGGUAGUGGUUUAUCUCAGGGUCAACGCUCUAGCCCACUUCCCCGUGGAGGCAGCCCUGCACUCCCUGGGCCAAUGCCUGGAGCACUGCCGGAGGUUGAAGAACCGCAAGUCCCCCCGUUCCUGACGGCCUAUAUUCCUCCAAGAGCGGCAUGGAACAGAAGCAGAAAUGCGAGCCCCUCGGUUCCUAACGUCGCCCCAACCCCGCCGCCCCCGAUUCAGCCUCAUGAAGAGGCCCUCGUCCAGGGUCCUGUUGAGCUUCCCGCCAGCCCUCCCCCAAUGCCGGUUCAAGACAAUCCGCAACAUAGGCGAGUGGGUUCCAGCGACGACUACUACGAGGACGUGGAUUAUAGAUUUGUGGAACCUGAAGCCAUUCCGGGAGGUCACAUGCCCUCGUCGCUGAUGCCUGGAUAUGAGAUUGGGCCAACUGUUCCUGUCGCGUCUCAACCUGAUCCUAACCUUGCGGAGCAUCACUCAUACGAAGACCUUCACGAGGGCGCACGGUCGCCAGCUGCCAGUGAUAUCAGCCAUUUCACUUCGGUGUCUCAGCGCCCAGUCAACCCCAAUUGGCACCCUCCGCCGCCGCCACCCAACAUGAUGCCGCCAACUCGAAAACCCGUACAGCAGCGAGAGGAUGUGUUGCUUGGUGGAAACCCCGACUUCGAGCUUCCUUCAAGGGGUCGUGGCCGUGGUGCAAGAGCAGCUGGCCCGUACCCCUCCGGAGGCGGCCCAUAUGGUUCGAGCAACAUUUAA